AUGUUGUCGGUCGUGCUGAGUGCAACCACCACGAUAACAAUGAACAGAGGCGAGCAGGAGAAUCUCUACCGGCAGUCACGCAAUCUACGGCUGCAGCAGCAGGAAGCGAAAGCGCACCAACUACACCAGCAACAGCAGCAGCAGCAGCAGCAGCACCAGCUGCAACAGCUGCAGCACCAGCAGCACCAGCAACUCGGCAAGCGCCACUACUCGUACGGUAAUAUCCACCAGUUCAGCGGUGCGACCGUGGCACUGCCCCCGAUCAUGAUCGCCCGCGGGCUCGGCUCGUUCGCGAUGGACGACCAGCAGCUGCGGCAGGCCGGCCCGGUCCACUGUGACGAUCUCGUGCUGAGCGUGCUGAAGUCACCGGUGAAGGAGACGACGAACCUGCUGACCGGCAGCCGGUCCGCACUGUCCGCCAGUCCCAGUGCCGGCAGCAACGGCAUCACGAUGGGAGGCGGUGGCGGUGCAUCGACGCAAACGCAAACGCCGAGCCCGUGCGCGACGGGCAGCGUUUCACCCGGCCCCGGUGGGGGCGGCGGCCUGAUCAGCUACCGGGCGCUGCAGGGCUCGGAGGACGAUCUGGUCGACGAUGUGGAGUCGGCGAUGGAAACGACCGAGCUGAACGCGGGCGACCCGCACCGGGCGCCGCUUCAUCCGGGCGGGCCGUGUACGUCCUCGUCGCCGCGGGCGCUCAAGUUUCUGCGCCGGUUUCGGCCGGGCAAGCCGGCGCGCGCGUUCGAACCGCACCACAAGCGCGUGCCGACACCGAUGAAGCGUAAAAACCGGAGCCGAUCGCGGUCCCGGUCGAACGAUCUGCUGGAUGGGGUGGGGGCCAGCCAGGGUAACAUAGUGGUCGACGACGAUGAUGAUGAUGACGACGACGUCGAUAUGGAUGACGAUGUGAACGAGCUGCCGGGUGUGGCGAUGGGCUUGCAUCAUCAUCAUCAUCACGGUGGAGCAGGCGGAGGUGGAGGAGGAGGAGGAGGAGGAGGAGAUGGGGGCAGCGGGGCGACGGCGGGCGGGGGCAAGAAUUUGGGCGUGCCGAACCCGUACUACCCGAUAGCGCUGCCGAUCGACCAAGCGUUCAAGGCCAAAUACGUUUUCCACCAUCGGCGCGGGAAAACCGUGCAGGAGCGGUUCUACGUCUUUCUCGAGCAUCCCGGCGGUUGGCUGUGUUUUGUAUAUCACUUCUCAGUAUUUUUGCUCGUUUUAGUGUGUCUGAUAUUUAGCGUAUUGUCGACGAUAGACGAGUACAGUAAGUUCGCGAACGAGACCUUAUUCUGGAUGGAGAUCUGUCUGGUGGUGUUUUUCGGCGUCGAGUACCUGGUCCGGCUCUGGUCCGCUGGCUGCCGGUCAAAGUAUAUGGGCUUCUGCGGCCGGUUGCGCUUCAUCCGCAAGCCCAUCUGUAUUAUAGAUCUUAUUGUAGUCGUAGCGUCUAUGGUUGUGCUGUCCGUCGGCUCAAAUGGUCAGGUGUUUGCCACGAGUGCCAUCCGAGGCAUUCGCUUCCUGCAGAUCCUGCGCAUGCUGCACGUGGACCGGCAGGGCGGUACCUGGCGGCUGCUCGGCUCGGUCGUGUUUAUCCACCGGCAGGAGCUGAUUACCACGCUGUACAUCGGGUUCCUGGGGCUCAUCUUCAGCUCGUACUUCGUGUAUCUCGCCGAGAAGGACGUGCUCGGGCCGGACGGGAAGGCCGACUUUGCCAGCUACGCCGAUGCGCUCUGGUGGGGCGUCAUUACCGUCACCACGAUCGGGUACGGCGACACGGUGCCGCAAACCUGGAUGGGCAAGAUCGUUGCCUCCUGCUUUAGUGUGUUCGCAAUCUCGUUCUUCGCACUGCCGGCCGGUAUCCUGGGAUCCGGAUUCGCCUUAAAAGUACAACAGAAGCAGCGCCAGAAGCACUUCAACCGGCAGAUACCGGCCGCCGCCAUGCUGAUCCAGUGCCUGUGGCGCUGCUACGCCGCCGACAAGAGCUUCCACAGUGACGCCACCUGGCAGAUCUACGUCAAGUCGGCCGACAACGGCAACAACAACGGCAACAGCAGCACCGCCCUUCCCUCGCAGUUGGGCAAAGUGAGUGCGAUGUUUAGCGGUACCCUUAUGGUGCAGGUGGCGCGGCGCGGUGCAUCGGUGCUGAAGCGACGGAAGUCCCGGAACCGCAUGGAGGCGCCCCAGAUGAAGCCCCCGCUCAGUGCCGGGCCGGGCGGUGGCCCGUCGGUGGGCGGUACGACGGCAACGCAGACGGCAGCAGCAGGAGGACCAAAUGCUUCCGGUGUGAGUUGUGCUUCCGCAGCCGGUCCUGGCGGUCCGGGUGGCAGUGGCGGAGGGGGUGGUAGUGGUGGUGGUGGUGGUGCCAGCGGGAGCCAAGGACCGACGGCACUCGCUCAAACGGCCGCCGGUAGCAUGGAUGGUGGACCGCUCGGGACGCCGAACACACCGGGCGGUGCGGCCGACCUGGCGAAAAGUGAGUCCGACGGGGACGUCGUCUUCUACAUGGAGGAACCACGAUCAGCAGGUACCCCACUGCGAACGCGCCGUAACGAUCCGAACCGGGGCGUGUUCGUUAGCCAAAACAGUUCCGUCACGGAAGCACCGAGCGACGAGGUGGAAGCCGAACCGGAACCGGACGACGAACCGGAACCGGCCCGUGUCACGCAAUUGACGGAAGCGCACCGGAACGCGAUACGGGCGAUCCGGAAGAUCAAGUACUUUGUCGCGCGGCGCAAAUUUCAGCAGGCCCGCAAACCGUACGACGUCCGCGAUGUGAUCGAGCAGUACUCGCAGGGCCAUCUGAACAUGAUGGUGCGCAUCAAGGAGCUGCAGCGCCGGCUGGACCAAACGCUCGGCAAGCCGGGCAGCUAUCUGGCCGGCAUCGACCGGGUCGGCAACGUGAAGCCGAUGACGGUCGGCGCCCGGCUGUACCGGGUCGAGCAGCAACUGUCUGUGAUGGAUAAGAAACUGGAUCAAUUAACGCACGCCAUCAACUCGAUGACGAUGCAGCAGAAGAUGAUAUUACCGCCGAUGCAACCGUACCAGCAGGCGCAUCAUCCGCUGCACCAGCAGCAUCCGCUCCAUUCGCCCGCGACGCUCGGUGCCAUCGUGCAGCAUCAGCAAUCGCAGCAGCAGCAGCAAUCGCAGCAGCAGCAGCAGCAGCAGCAGCAACAUCUGCAGCAACAAAUCUCUCCACUCCAGCUGCCGGCUGCCCCAUCCCAGGCUUCCUCACCUUCGCUCGCGAUGAAGUGUCUCGAGGACGAUGUGUAAUAUUUAAUCUAAGCUCGUUCUCUCUAAGCACGUCCACACGUUCGAUGUACAAAACCAGGGAGAGGAGGAGCAGCAGCAGUAGCAGCAGCAGUAGCAGCAGCAGCGGCGCUAGCGAAGAAAAGCAUUGUGUUCAAGGUGUGCGAACGGGCGAGCAGGUGCGAGCAAUUAAUGGACCAUUGGAAGGGAAAGGCGAAUACCAAAACAAAAAAAAACAAAAAGGCGGGAAAACUAUUGCACAAUUGAUUGCAUUUGGAAGGUGUACAGCUGGUUGCGCUUAAGGUUCAAAGUAAUUCUCUCCAAGUAAAUAAGACAACAAGACAGACGAAGAGAGGUGUAGAAAGGGAACACGGUUGCACAGUGUUGGCAUGUGUCCCCUGGAUUUAACUCUAACCCGCUCCUACAGCGCACCUUCUUCCAACGGCACGAGCUGAGCAGGUGUAGCAAGUAGCAAGUGUUUUUGUAUACUUUUGCAAACUUAUGAACAAUCUCUGUACAAAACUGCAAACCUAUUUCGCAAAAGCCUAAGCCAGCCUAGGGGAACGUUUCCUGUUAGACAAGAAGAAGCGAGAAUGAAAGCGAGAAAAGGAAGUAAAUAAAAAACCAGAAAACGGUUAAUGAAGCAAGAAAACACAGCAAAACAGCGAGAAACAAAAGACGAAACAUCGAAAAACGAAAGGUGGAAACAAAAGAGGUAACGAAACUCGUCUCUCUAAAGCGGGGGAAACUUUCUAAGCAGACAACACAACACAGCAAGCAACUCUGGUAGGAGAUCUAUUUCUAUAUCUGAGCAAGUAGGCCGGCGGCAGGGGAGCCAUUGCCCUACCAACCAAAAUGUAAUUUUAAGAGGACAUGAGACUGUGAUAGUGAACGGCGUAAAGAGAGAAGAGAACAAAUACACACACUCACACUCACACUCACACCAAGAGCGACAAACAGACACACAGAGUAAAUUGCACGCGUGUGUAUGUGGAACAUAGCACACAGCCGUCUAGUUGCUGGCGUGUGUGUGCGUGUGUGUGAAUGGUGAACAUGUUCGGUGGUUCUGUGUUUAUUGUUCUAUUAGUAAGUGUUGUUUAGUUUUAUGUAAUGUUUCAUUCUCGACAGCCUUAUUACACUUUAUUUUACCUAACAUCUUCGUAGAUAAUCUUGUUUACGUUUUUUUACGUUUCCUUUUACGUUGUUUGCAAUCUCUUUCGUUAAACUUUUGCAUGUGUGUAGACCUUUCGAUUCGGUUAAGAUAUGGUACAUUACGGACAUUGAGAGGGGCAAAAUCUCUCGACCACUAUAAAAUUGAAUUGUUCAUCGAAAUGUUGCAGGACAGCAGGGUGAUGUUAGCGUGAAACGACGCGACGCACAUCGCCCCUGCUACAGUGAGAGUAAACAAACAAACAAACAAACCAGCAAAGAAAUCACAUCACAGAGCGACAAAACUAUACGAACGAUGACGAUGAAGAAUAGUAAGCAAUAACUAACGCAACUCAAAUGCCUCGAAACACUUUUUUGAACACAUUGAGGGGUUGGUUUGAAGACGCCUCACGGUGACGAAGAGCCUUUCUAUCAGCAAGCACUCACACUGACACACAGAUACAGAAACACAACGAUACACACACACACACACACACUUUCGCGCCUUUUAGCAUUCUGUGGUGGUGUUUCUGUUACGUACUCUGCGUUCUACGUUUAUCGCAAAAUAAACACCUCCAAGUGUCCACUGUAAACUGAAAUCGUGUCGUUUUUGUUUUUCUACUGUUUACUUAUUAGUUUUUUCGCGUUUUAAGCUUACUAUAUGUUUUAUAAAUUUUGUUGAAACUGUACUUAUCGUUUUUGCACAUACUUUAUCUUCGAACGGUCCCAUUUCCGAUCAAGGA